UCUGACUUUACCAGUUAACAGAGUUUGACUAGAGGAAGAGCAGAUAAACUGGUAGAAGUGGUUACAGAUAAACAAAGGAAUGGGAGUGACUCGGGAGCACUUUGAUGGGCGUGACUGAUAUACUUAAGCUCCUAGUGGCAAGGGGAGCAGGACAUACCAAUGUAUUCUAGAAUUGUUUAGAGAUUAUUGUCAGAUAAACCCAAACUCUGUGGCAAGGGAGAAAGGACAAACCAAUGAUAUCUAACAGGUUGCAGAGUGAAAGGAGAAAUCAAUGCAUCCCUGUCUUCAUAUGAGUGUUGGGGGGCAGUGGUGACUGAGGAAAUCACUCCAGGGCAGAGAUCUGGGUCUUGCUUCCCUGGUGUGAGCAGGUCCACCCAUGAGGAUCUGACCGAGGUCGUGCUCACGUGGAUCUGACAGAGGUUGUGCUCUCUUCUCCACAGCUGAGCUCAUGAGGCAGGAGCAGGGGCCUCCCAGCAGGGCCAUGGACUCCAACGAGACCCUGGUCAUGGAGUUUGUGCUGCAGGGCUUCUCAGAGCACCCAGAGCUGCGCCUUCCACUUCUGGCCUGCUUCCUCUCGAUCUACUUCGUGGCGCUGGUGGGCAAUACUGUCAUCAUUACAUUAAUCAGCUGUAGUCCCAGCCUCCGCAGCCCCAUGUACUUUUUUCUCUUCAAUCUAGCCACCAUGGACAUUGUCUGCACCACAUCUGUGCUGCCCAAGGCUGUUAUGGGUCUGGCCUUGGGAGAAAACACUAUCUCCUUCCCAGGAUGCAUGGCCCAACUCUUCUUUAUCAUCUGGUCCGUGUCUUCUGAGCUCCUGUUACUCACAGUGAUGGCUUACGAUCGCUACGUGGCCAUCUGCCACCCUCUGCAUUAUAGCACCAUAAUGAGCCCACGGCUAUGUGGGGCCCUGGCCACAGGUGUGUGGUUCAUCUGCGCCAUCAAUGCUUCGGUGCACACUGGGUUGAUGGUGCGACUGACCUUCUGUGGCCCCAACCUCAUCACACACUUCUUCUGCGAGAUCCCCCCUCUCCUGUUGCUCUCCUGCAGCCCCACCCUGGUGAACAGCAUCAUGACGGUCCUGGCUGAUGCCUUUUAUGGAGUCAUAAACUUCCUGCUUACCCUGAUAUCCUAUGGGUUCAUCAUUGCCAGCAUCCUGCGCAUUCGCUCAGCUGAGGGCAAGAAGCGAGCUUUCUCCACCUGCUCAUCCCACUUGAUAGUGGUCUCCGUGUACUACUCAGCUGUAUUUUGCGCCUAUAUCAGCCCUGCCUCCAGCUAUGGCCCUGAGAGAAGCAAAGCAUCCGGAGCACUGUAUACAGCGCUGAGUCCCACCGUGAACCCCAUCAUCUACUCUCUGAGGAACACUGAGGUCAAGAAUGCCCUGGGGAGACUCAUCCCCCGUCUGAAGCGUUGA